UUAUAUAAAUAUUUGAUUGCUGCGCUGUUUUGUGUGGGCUUUGCUAUGCUGAUCAAUGCACAGGAAAAACCGGUCACCGACGUUUGCCUGGGGUGUCUUUGCGAGGCUACCAGCGGUUGUAAUAGUACGGCCGCUUGUACUGGCGACGUCUGUGGCCUCUACCGCAUCUCUUGGCCCUACUGGUCUGACGGUGGUAAGCUUACGUUGAAUGGCGAAUCCUCAGAAUCGGAAAGGGCAUACGCCAACUGCGUAAGUGAUCCCUCUUGCGCUGCGAAUACCAUACAGAAUUACAUGACUAAGUAUGCACAGGAUUGCAAUGGCGAUAACCAAGUGGAUUGUUUUGAUUAUGCGGUCAUACACAAGCUGGGGGGCCUUGGCUGCACGGGCGAAUUGGGCAACGAAUUUCAGACCACGUUGGCGAGCUGUUUGAACCUGUCAUGA